AUGACCGACGAAACGCCCUCUCAGACCGCCAAGUCCGCCGAGGACCGCAAAGCAGCCUCCGCUCUCGAGAAUCUCGACGCCGCAGACUCACCUUCGACACCACAAAACGUCGACGCCGACGCUGCCAGCAAAGCCAUCAAGAGCCUCGGCGGCGCAAACAAGACUUCUGCUGCCGCCGCUUCUCAUAAGAACGUCAAGGUCGACGCUGCUGACGUCGCACUCCUCGUCGAUGAGCUUGAGCUGUCAAAGGCAAAGGCGACUGAGUUGUUGAAGAGUAAUGAGGGUGAUGCUGUUAAAGCUAUGAGGGCGUUUAUUAAUGCAUGA